AAGGAGCAGGUGGGGGAGAGGGGAGGCAGCGGGCGAGAGGGCGAGGGGAGCGCUGGCGCUGAGCAGCGCUCACUCGGAGCGCGGAGAGCCGGCCAGACGAUCCUGAUUCCAUGUCCCCCGCUGCCUCCCUGCCAGACUCCCGACGAUGAUGGCCAUGAACGCCAAGCAGCCUUUCGGCAUGCACCCCGUCCUGCAAGAACCCAAAUUCUCCAGUCUGCACUCCGGCUCUGAGGCCAUGCGCCGAGUUUGUCUCCCAGCCCCGCAGCUGCAGGGUAAUAUAUUUGGAAGCUUUGAUGAGAGCCUGCUGGCGCGCGCGGAAGCUCUGGCGGCGGUGGAUAUCGUCUCCCACGGCAAGAACCAUCCGUUCAAGCCCGACGCCACCUACCAUACCAUGAGCAGCGUGCCCUGCACGUCCACCUCGCCCACGGUGCCCAUCUCCCACCCGGCCGCGCUCACCUCGCACCCUCACCACGCGGUGCACCAGGGCCUCGAGGGCGACCUGCUGGAGCACAUCUCGCCCACGCUGAGCGUCAGCGGCCUGGGGGCCCCGGAGCACUCGGUGAUGCCCGGGCAGAUCCACCCGCACCAUCUGGGCGCCAUGGGCCACUUGCACCAGGCCAUGGGCAUGAGUCACCCGCACGCCGUAGCGCCCCACAGUGCCAUGCCCGCGUGUCUCAGCGACGUGGAGUCAGACCCUCGAGAGCUGGAAGCCUUCGCCGAGCGCUUCAAGCAGAGGCGCAUCAAGUUGGGGGUGACCCAGGCGGACGUGGGCGCAGCUCUGGCCAAUCUCAAGAUCCCCGGCGUGGGCUCUCUCAGCCAGAGCACCAUCUGCAGGUUCGAGUCUCUCACCCUGUCUCACAACAACAUGAUCGCUCUCAAGCCGGUCCUCCAGGCCUGGCUGGAGGAGGCGGAAGCCGCCUACCGCGAGAAGAACAGCAAGCCGGAGCUCUUCAACGGCAGCGAGCGCAAGCGCAAGCGCACGUCCAUCGCCGCCCCGGAGAAGCGCUCGCUCGAGGCCUACUUCGCCAUCCAGCCUCGUCCUUCGUCCGAGAAGAUCGCGGCCAUCGCUGAGAAACUGGACCUUAAAAAGAAUGUGGUGAGGGUCUGGUUCUGCAACCAGAGACAGAAACAGAAACGAAUGAAGUACUCGGCUGUUCACUGACUGCGGCGGGUGCGGCACCCGGAGGACCCGGGAGAGCCUAGUGGCAUCGCCCCCUUCCGACGGGAGGGGACGUUACGGGACACUCUAGGGUUUUUCCUGGCAGGUCAGGCUCUCUCCCUCGAGUCACAGACUUUCCCCCUUUGCCCCACUUAAUUGCCUCCCGGCCAUCUCUUCUUCCCCUUUCUCUCUAUCCCCACCAAAAAAAGUUCUGGCGCUAAGGAAAAAAAAAAUUUUUUUUUCAAGGGAAAGCCUGGUGGGACUUUGUGCUGUCCGAGGUGCUGAAACUCGGCCUUGCUCGUGAGACCGCAGGACCUUAGGCCUGCAGCCCCAACGCAGAGGGGCUAGUGAAUUGACCUGGCCUUCCCACUCCAAGGUGAAAGUAUCACUUUUAUACUAGGCGCCAUUAGGCAGGGACGAAGGUAAGAAAAAGAGCAAUAGAUAAUGAUAUAAAGUCUAGAAUAUUUAAGCGGGACACAAACAUGGAGAUUAAUUAACUUAUUAGAGUAUAUAAAACACGUCUGUUUCCAAAGGAGAGCCUUAUAAUAAUUCCCUUCUGCGCCUAAAUUCUAACCAUAGUAUCUAUUGGUUUACCGUACAUUCUCAUCAAGUAGCAUGGGUUAAGUUCAGGGAUGGUGUGUGGGAGAUCCGGCCUGCUGGGCUGUUGGUGGUCAGUAAGAUUCCAGACAAGGUGGGCCCAACCCAGAGACUGAAAAUACUUUGGAUGUCUUGGCUGUUGGUGAGCAGAGGCCAGUGCUAGCUCUGGCUGUCUUUCUCGACCCCUUAUUUUUUGGGGGGAGGAGGGGAGUUCAGAGGUUCCAGAUGAGACCAGGUGAAGAAGACACCCUGUCUCUGAUCGCCCCCGUGCCGGCAUCAGAGAGUGACUCUAGCUUCUGGAAUCGUAGGCAGACCCUUCCAACAUGUCUAACCUAACUGUUGCACUUUUAUUACUGUGGCUGCUGGCACCACUAGCUCUUGUUAUUUAUUUAACUCCACCUUCCCUGACCCCGUACCUAGCUCUCUGUGGAAGUUCACUUAGGGUUUUCCAGCAGGGGAAAGCGCAGGACCACAGAACUGGAUGUCUUCUCCCUGUGGCCACAGCUCCCUCAUAUUUUAUUUUUCGUUGCUUCCUGUAGUUUGUGUGUUGCUGUGUAACCUUUGGUUUCAUUUCUGGAAUAGAUACAAAUAAAACUUUGCAUUUCUUCUCUU